UGCCCGCUGAUUGUUCGCACGGCUGAUUGAUUCGUGGUCUGAGGUUUGCCGUGCUUUGCUGCUCUCUGGUUUAGCCGCUGUGUUUUUUUGAAUUUGUAAACGUGGUUUUUUUUUUGGCUGCCAACAUGAGUGGCACCCCAUACAUCGGCAGUAAAAUUAGUUUGAUAUCCAAGGCGCAGAUGCGGUAUGAGGGAAUUCUGUCGUCCGUCGACACCGAUCGGUCCACCGUCGCCUUGGCUAAAGUUAAAUCCUAUGGGACAGAGGACCGGCACUCGGAUCGACCAGCGCCACCGAAAGAUGACAUUUACGAAUUUAUAAUCUUCCGAGGAAGUGACAUCAAAGACAUCACUGUGUCGGAACCACCAAAACCUCACCAUGGGCUACCUCGUGACCCUGCUAUUGUACAGUCGUCCAUUGGCAAUUCGUCUGCUGCUUAUCACCCACGCUGGAGUUCAUACAGGGACAUGAUGCCCACCUACAACCAGCUGGCUGCUUCUUCUCUACUCAACCAGCAGUACAACGCAGCACUGGGCUUGGUACCAGGAAUUCAUGCCGUCCCGGCCAGGAGGGCCCCCAUGGUGGAGCAGGCUGUCCAGACGGUGCCUUUGGUCAGUGCCGCCCAGAAAAGAGGAAAGACUUUGACCCAGCCAGCGGCGAGCAAACCGCCUGUGCGUCCAACCCAGCGCUCUGGCCCGGUUCAGAAGGAGAACGUGCCGACCAGUCGGGCACCCCCUCAGCCAAGUGUGGCCAAGGUCCAAGCCCAAGGUGCCGAGAACCAGAAACCAAGGCAAAAACAAGGUGCCGGCAGUCGGCGGUCCAGGAAUCGCAGCAGAGGCCAACUUCUUGUCAAAAACUCAAAGGCCACAACUUUGCAGUUUGAGUCCGAUUUUGAUUUUGAAACUGCAAACGCUCAGUUUAAAGAUGAGCUUACUAAGGAGGUUGUGGUGGAAAAGGUGGAUUCUUGUGAGGUGCCGGACAGCCAAGGUGUGCAGGAGGAGGAUGAGGCUCUGGCAGAAAAGUACUACGACAAAGCCAAAUGCUUCUUUGAUAACAUCUCAGACCUUAAGCCCAGGCGAACCACCUGGGCGGAGGAGAAAAAGAUGAACAUGGAGACGUUCGGCGUGCCCGGGCGCUUCCUGCGAGGCCGAGGAUUCAGAGGCCGCGGGCGCAGAGGGCCGAGCGCCGCUGAGCAGCGACCCCUCCCAAAAGAUGUUAGUGGGAGGGUGUGAGGCCGCUUCUUUUUGUUAACCUUUUCUGUAGAUAUUGUAGUUUUCUACUUAUUUAAAAAAAAAAAAGUACCUCCCUUUUU